AUGCGUGCAAUCAAAGACAAGAAUCUUCACAAGAAAGUUGUGAAUGUCGGGUAUGCUCUAACUCAACCAACAUUUCAAUAUUACCUUAACGAAAUUAGGAUGUCAAAUAAAGAUGCAGGAAGUUGGUUGGAUAAUAUUCCACUCGAAAAGUGGACAAUGGAUUUUGAUGGUGGAUGUUGUUGGGGCCACAUGACGACUAACAUUGUGGAGUCCAUGAACAUGGUAUUCAAAAGAAUUAGAAGCCUUCCAAUCACCGCUUUGGUGAGAUCCACCUAUUAUAGGUUGGCACCACUUUUCGCAACAAGAGGCGAAAGAUGGAGUGCAGUGUUAACGCUGGGAUAA